CACUUCUUUAACCCAAAAAAGAAAAAAGGCACCCUUCAUUUCGCCCGAGAAAUCAAGAGUCGGUGAGAGAUGGAAACGGCUGUUGGGGUUGGAGUGCGAUUCAUCUUACAAAAUGUGCUGCAGUUGAUCCAAGACAAUCGUAAACUGAUAAGCAGUAAUGAUACCAAACUGGACGAACUGUGCAGUGACCUGGAUCUCUUGAAGACCUUCAUGGACAAGUACGGUGAAGAGCACUACGAUAACGAGGUCCUCAGGAAGCUGGCGGGCGACUUCAGGCGUCUUGCCCGCGAAGUUGAAGAUGUCCUAGAAACGCAUAUUGUUGACAAGUUAGUGUACACCAACAAGAACAUAUUCAAGAAAGCAGUAGGGGUCUUCGAUCACCUGAACAAUCUGAGGAAUACUGGUAAGGACGUGCUGAACCUGAGUAUGAAAAUGAAGAAAGCAGAGGAUGACAACAGAGGGAUUGGCAUCCCCACCUGGACAAUGGAAGAGAUCAAGAAAGAUAAUUCAACUUCUGAAGACAAUAAGGCUGGUAGCAAUCAAGAGGGAGACAGAAUAAUUGGAUUUGAUGAUGCAGCUGAUGAUGUACUGGAACUUCUCGGUGGGAAAGAACUAGUUGAAAGCAAAUCUGCAGUAGAGGAGCAAAGCAAGUGUGAGACAGGGCAACAUAGCGAGUCAAAGCCACCAAGCACAUCUAAGGCAGAGCUACAUAAUGCGUCAAAGCAGCUAGAAGUUGUUUCAAUUCAUGGCAUGGUUGGUCUGGGAAAGACUACACUUGCAAGAAAGGUCUUGAAUGACCCAAGAAUAGAAUAUCAUUUUUUCACUCGUAUAUUUGUCAGUGUUUCGCAACAAUAUGACAAGAAAAAAGUGCUUCUUGGUAUACUAAGAUACUUCGACAAGAAAACUAGAGAUCAAGAUGUAUCCGAGAAUGAUUUAGUUGCCGAGGUCCAAGAGAAAUUGACAGGUAAGUAUUUGAUUGUCAUGGAUGAUGUUUGGGACACAAAGGUAUGGGAUGAUAUCAAGGAUGCAUUUCCAGACAACAGCAAGGGUAGUAGGGUGUUAAUAACUACUAGACUUGUGUCUGUGGCCAAUUGUGCUAAAACAAGUAGUGAACCCUAUCCAUUGAGACUGAUGAAACCAGAAGAGGCUGAAGAGUUAUUGAGGACAAAGGUUUUCAAGGAAAACAAAUGCCCACCAGAGGAACUGCAAUUGCUUGAAACAAAAAUUCUGGAUAAAUGUGCUGGGCUACCACUAGCAGUCGUGGUAACAGCAGGUAUUCUUAAGAUUCAUGCUAAAGAUGCAAAGUGGUGGGAGGAUGUGCAUCUUGGUGUGGCUCAGUUUGUUGGUGAUGACCAGAAAAAAAUUGGUCAAAACCAAAAGAAUAUCGAUGAUUUAAUAAGGAGGAGUUAUGAUAACUUGCCUCAUAUGCUCAAAGCAUGUUUUCUAUACCUUGGUGUCUUCCCUGAAGAUAUGGAGAUUCAAGUGUCAAAACUGUUGCAACUAUGGAUUGCUGAAACAUUCAUUCUGCAUUAUGAGACAGCAAGCCUGGAGAGAAUAGCAGAACGAUGUUUAGAGGAAUUGGUUGACAGGAAUUUAGUGAUGGUGGGACAGAGAACUUUAAGUGGUCGGAUUAAGACGUGUCGGCUCCAUGACACGCUGCGUGACUUCUGCAGGAAGACAGCCAAAGCAGAAGAACUUUUCCAAGUAAUUCAUGGUAUGGGUGCCAUUUCAUCUUCCAGUCAUCGCCUUUGCUGCAUUAACUCUCACUUCUUGCAGUAUAUUUCGGAUUGUGAAAAACAGAAACAGCAUGGUGAGAAAGUCCGAUCUUUCUUGAGCUUUGGCCUGGAUGAAACUACAUUGGACAAAGAUCUCUGCCCAAUUUCAAGCGUAUUUAAGCCCUUCAAACUAGUCCGAGUGUUGGAUAUUUUAUCCAUCAAGCUUCCCUAUAAACGUUUUCCCACCAAAUUACUUGAACUUGUUCUUCUAAAGUUUAUUGCCAUCUAUUGCGAACUUCACACCCUUCCAAGUAGAAUGUCUGCCUUGACCAACUUGGAAACCCUUAUCGUUCACACAACAUUCCCCACCCUAAAAAUAGAAGCGGACAUUUGGGAGAUGACAAAGCUAAGGCAUCUGCAUACUAAUACCACCACAUGCUUGCCUAAGUGUAAGAAGCAAUCCUCUGGCAGCGAAAACCUACAGACUUUGUCUACUGUUUCACCUGGAAGUCUUAAGAAUGAAGUGUUUGGAAGGACUAAGAAACUCAGGAAGCUUGGUGUACGCGGGAAUUUAGGCACUCUUGUGGAGGCCAAUGGUGAGUCUAGUUUGUUUCAGAGUCAUUGCAAGCUAGACUCCCUUGAAACUCUGAAGUUACAUCAUGAUACUGAUGAUGGAAACCAGAGGCAGCUUGUCCUUCCUCAACCACACAAAUUUCCAAGAACACUAACAAGGUUGAGUCUGCAUAACACAAGGCUACAUUGGGAAGUUCAUAUGCCUAUACUUGGAAAGCUUCGGUAUCUUGAGGUUCUCAAGUUGAAGGACAAUGCUUUUGUGGGGAAGGAUUGGCGCACAGAAGAAGGAGGUUUUCAUUCUCUAAAAGUUUUGUUCAUUGGAGCUACAGAUUUAGAGUGUUGGUUGGCUAAAGCCACUAAUUUCCCAGAACUCAGAUACCUUAUCCUCAAGCACUGCAGAACACUUAUACAGAUCCCACCUGACUUUGUCCACAUGAAGAACCUGGAGAAGAUUAACCUGGAACGUACGAAUGAUAAGCUAGUUUCAUCUGCCAGGAGAAUUUUUUCACAACGAUCAAAAAUGCUUGGACUGCAAAAGGCUAAUGAAACUAAACCGAUUAAGCUCAUUGUUUAUCCUCCAGAAUAGUGAUGGCCAAGCAAACACGCUCAUCAAGUGCUUCUUUGACAGGAUAGUAAAACCCUUCUGACUUCCAGUCCCUGAAUCCAUCUUUUAAUGCUUCAUCUUGCAAGAAACUUAAAGAAUGCUUUUUUGCGGGAUUUCAUGCUCACUAGCUUUUGUCUUUUGCUCCUCCAAAUGAAUUCAUCAAAUGGAAGCGCUGAAGCUUCUGUCUCUCGUUGUUUUCUUCUCUGUUCUGCAUUGAUAAAGCCUAGUUACCUAGCUCUAGCUCCACGCAACAACAUUCAACUGGCAUAAGCUCUUUGCAUUGCUUUGUUUCAGUGCCUUUUGACUUUGCUCAAAUACUCCUUUGAGCAAAGUUUAUCUGUGAUGAACACAAGGCCACAGGUCUCUUGGCCAAUCUAGUACUGAGAAACAAGGUGAUCAAAGGUAUUAUGUUUGUGCUAGGUAACUCAGCUGGAUCAAAUCUAGAGCCAUGUAUUUCCUUUUGUUGAAAGGUCAGGUUUUCACCUCUUCAUCUUGUUGCCUUGUUUUUGAAGUCUUGGAUGAGUCUUGCUGUAAUGUACGUUUGAAUGUGACCAUUUAUUUGCUUUCAGUUUUGUAAUUCAAGAACUCCUAAAAUUAAGAUUCUAUACUUAAAUUGCGAUGAAAAUUGGAUUUUUGUUG